GAAUUAUUUUUAGGCACCCUAACAUAUGGGCACAACUUUUGCUGAGGGUUUCCUUGUCCUUUAAGUUGGAGGUAAGAAGGGUUGGCACUUGUGUUAGUGCAAGGUGUUAGUUUCAGGUCUUGGGAAAUCACUGUUGAUCUCUCAUCUGCACUGGCAAACAGGGGAAGGGGGUUAAAGCUCUCACAGAUUCGUUUCAUGAUAUUUGUGUGUGCUAAGGUUGUAUGUUUAGAAGACCAAAAUCUUUCCUAUGCCUUUAUUUUUAGGUGGAUUGUAGAUAUGGAAGGAGCGCCUGGUACAUUAUAUGAAGGAGAGAAAUUCCAGCUUUUAUUUAAGUUCAGCAGUCGAUAUCCUUUUGAUUCCCCUCAGGUUAUGUUUACUGGUGACAACGUCCCUGUUCAUCCUCAUGUGUAUAGCAAUGGCCAUAUAUGUUUAUCAAUAUUAACCGAAGAUUGGUCCCCAGCGCUGUCUGUUCAGUCUGUCUGUCUUAGCAUUAUCAGCAUGCUUUCCAGCUGCAAAGAAAAGAGGAGACCUCCAGACAAUUCCUUUUAUGUAAGAACCUGCAACAAAAAUCCAAAGAAAACCAAAUGGUGGUAUCAUGAUGACACCUGUUGAUGCCACUGUUGCAGUUCCUUAGCAGAAGAUAGUCCUACUGAGUAAACGAGCACUUUGAUCCUUCAAGUCUUUG